AUCUGGCUCUCUCUGUUUCAUUUCAUGCUUGUCUUUCCAGACUUGUUCAUAUAUCUGUUUUUCUUUUUGCUUCCUGCGCUCCUCUUUUCUCUCCUGUUUUACUUGCUUGUCUUAAUAUCCUUUAAUCUCAAUCCCAUUCUUGUUACUUUUUAUCUCUUAUCCUUUGCACUUUAUUCUUCCCUUCUGUAUUAUCUCUGUGAUCUUUUCCAUCUGUGUUUUUUGAUUUUUGUUUUUCUUUUCUCUUUUUUUUUUGCAUGUUUUGGUUUCAAUCCCAUCAACUCUACCAGAAAAGACAAGCCUAGCGGACAGAAGAUAGUCGCUACUGGUGGUUACCUAUUGGGUAGCCUUAGCAUACUUGUGGCAUCAGGGAGGAAGGAAGUGGCGAUGGUCACAACCAUGGACGAUCCCUGUCCCAAUGGGGCACAGGAGGAGGAAGAGGAGGUGAAACCCUCGGGACAACCUGGCGUAAAGAGCCCCCCAACUGUGCAGUCCUCCCAGGGGACAGAUGGAGCCAUGCAGCAGGUGAUGGAUAAUGCAGGUGAGCCGCCCACCUCCACGGCUGUGAAAGACAUUGACCUGCUCUUCCUGCGGGGCAUCAUGGAAAGCCCCACUGCUCAUGAGCAGAUGGAGGAAGUGAAGUUAGAAGCAGUGCAGGACAACAAUAUGGAGCUGGUGACAGAGAUCCUGGGUGACAUCAGCAACCUGAAGGUGAAAGACGACAGCGCCGCUGAACUGUCCAAGAUCCUCCAGGAGCCACACUUUCAGUCUCUUAUGGAAGCUCAUGACAUGGUGGCCUCCAAAUGUUAUGAAGUCCCUCCUCCUGCCGAGCUGUCCAAUGAGGCAGCAGUGAACAGCGCGCUCAUGCAGGCCGACGCGGUGCGCAUGAUCGGCAUCCGAAAGAAGGCCGGGGAGCCACUGGGCGUCACGUUUCGAGUGGAGAAAGACGAACUGGUCAUCGCCAGAAUCCUUCACGGCGGAAUGAUAGACAGGCAGGGCCUGCUCCACGUCGGAGACAUCAUUAAGGAAGUGAACGGGAAGGAUGUCGGCAACAAUCCGACUGAGCUCCAGGAGAUGCUCAAAGACUGCAGCGGGGGCAUCACGCUAAAAAUCCUGCCCAGCUACAGAGACGCCCCCGCACCUCCACAGGUGUACGUGCGACCAUACUUUGAUUACGACCCAGCCAAUGACAACCUGAUCCCCUGUCGUGAGGCUGGAAUGGCCUUCAAAAAAGGCGACAUCCUUCAGAUUGUCAACAGAGAGGAUCCAAACUGGUGGCAGGCUUGCCAUGUAGUGGGGGGUGCCACAGGGCUGAUUCCCAGUCAGUUCCUGGAGGAGAAGAGGAAAGCGUUUGUCCCCAGAGACCUGGAUGGGUCAGGAAUCCUUUGUGGGACUUUAGCUGGAAAAAAGAAGAAGAAGAUGAUGUAUCUAACGGCGAAGAAUGCAGAAUUUGACAGACACGAGCUUCAGAUCUACGAGGAAGUAGCAAAGGUUCCGCCCUUCCAGAGAAAGACGCUGGUUCUGAUUGGAGCUCAGGGAGUGGGCCGACGCAGCCUGAAGAACAGGCUGAUGGUGCUCCAUCCCACACGCUUUGGCACCACCAUACCAUACACCUCACGGAGGCCUCGUGACGAUGAGCUGGACGGCAACUCCUACCACUUUACCUCAAGGACGGAGAUGGAGGCGGACGUGAAGGCCGGUCGCUUCCUGGAGCACGGAGAGUACGACGGGAACCUGUACGGGACAAAGAUAGACUCCAUCCAUGAGGUGGUGGCCACUGGACGCACAUGCAUCCUGGAUGUGAACCCACAGGCUCUGAAGGUACUGAAGACGGCAGAGUUCAUGCCCUAUGUGGUGUUCAUCGCUGCGCCUGACUUUGACACCCUCAAAGCCAUGCACAAAGCGGUGGUGGACGCAGGCCUCACAACCAAGCAGCUCACGGAUGUGGAUCUACGGAAGACGGUGGAUGAGAGUGCCCGCAUCCAGAGAGCCUAUGCCCACUACUUUGACCUGACCAUCGUCAACGACAACCUGGACAAGGCCUUUGAGACAUUACAGGCCGCUGUGGACAAACUCUGCUCUGAAUCCCAGUGGGUCCCUGUCAAUUGGGUGUACUGAGGACCGGCGUCGGUGCUGCUCUUCAUGGGUCACAAUGACCCCACCCCUUCCAGUGUGUGCGCAAAAGUGAUUCUGACCAAAGGAUCCAAAAAGAAAAGGAGAAAACUCAAAACUAUUGAGAAAAACAAAAAUCAAAGUCAAUCUGAUGGCUCCCAUCUCUUCCCAGGCCUACACACUGUGCAACUUCUUUUGUACUCAAAUGAAAAGAGUGCUUAUUUAUUUUAUAGCUUUUUAUGGAAGAUCUAUUUGUUGUUGGAUUUCUUUGAAAAGACAAAAAGUACUUUGGUCACAUUUCAGGAUUAAUUUAUUGUUGUUCCACAUCCUUCUGAUUUUCCUCAAUGUUUAGAUUUGUCAAUCUGCCUUUCUUCACGCAGGACUCAUGGUUGCUGCCAAAGCUGCACAAUGAAAUGACAGCUGCGGCCCGUCGAUGCCAUUUCUGCAUUUCCUCAACCCUUCCGAGAAAAGCAAACACUUUAGUGAUUCGCUCCCUUGUUGUUAGAGUCCUUGUAGCCGUUUGGAACCACACCCUCUCAGUGUUUCAUCCUUCCAAUCCUCACCGGUCCAGUGUGUUUGCUUUUAGUGAAGGUGACAAGCCUCACCCCGUCCCCGUGUUCAGUGUUGCAGCACGCCAAAGUCACGGCUGAACCCCAGAAACAGGAUGAGUCUACAUGUAAACAGACAAACCUGAACUCAAAUGGAAACGUUUCUGUCUUUGGUUUAGUUUUGUGUUGCAGUUUUUGUUUUGCGUCUGUUUUUUCACUUUGGGGAGGAAAAAAAAAAAUCAUGAACUGUGGCAAACCUGCUGCCUGUUUCCACAUCAACCCUGUCGACAAAAUCGUUUUGACAUUUUUACUAGUAGAAAUACAAUAAAGUUGAAAAACAAAUGUU